CGUGCGCAGGCGCACUAGUCACCCGCUCUCCCUGCCUGCCACAAACAUCUGGGUGGGUGUUGAAGCUGCAGGUAAAUGCCAGUGCAGAGGAUAUGCUGCUGAAUUAUGGCCAGUCCCUUAAGAUAUGAAGUACUGAAUCUUUACAAAAAUCUGCUGUACCUGGGUAGGGAAUAUCCCAAAGGGGCGGACUACUUCCGAACCCGGCUGAAGGCAGCUUUCUUAAAAAACAAGGACGUGAAGGACCCAGAAAAAAUUAAAGAGCUCAUCGCUCGAGGGGAGUUUGUCAGCAAAGAGCUGGAGGCGUUGUACUUUCUGCGGAAGUACCGAGCUCUGAAACAGCGAUACUAUGAGGACGAUAACAAGUGAUUCGCAGUGCUAUUUUGGGAGCUUCCACAGGUGUCGGUGAACUACAAAGGAUUGAUCUACCAUUAAAGCAGAACAGCGGAUUGAAAGAAAAAUCUGACGUUUCUCGACCGUCUUGGGUUUAACGCUGUAUGGAGAGGUGGUGGACAGGAAGACCAGGUCGUGGAGAUGUGCCCCUGUGCUGCAGACCACAACAGUCGCCCUGAGCCUUCGGGGUAGGGCGGGAUACAAAUCUAAAGAUAAAUAAAUCAAAUAAAUAAAUAAAUAUACGUAAGUGCCGUCAAGUCGCACCUGCCUUAUGGUGGCCCCGGUAAGGAGCUUUCAAGGCAAGUGAGAAGCAGAGGUGGUUUGCCUUCGACUUCCUCUGCAGAAUCUUCCUUGGCGGUUUCCCAUCCAAGUACUGACCUUGCUUCGUUUCCGCAAUCUGACGAGGUGGAGUCCUGCCAUACCAUUCCACAUCCCCACUUUUAACUUACAUUAUGGCAGGAUGUGCAUGAUGUUGGGAGGGCCCGUGGCUCAGUGGUAGAGCAUCUGCUUGGCGUGCAGGAGGUCCCGGGUUCAAUCGCCGGCAUCUCCAGUUAAAAAGAUCUGGCACUAGGUGACGUGUACGUCCUCUGCCUAAGCCCCUGGAGAGCUGCUGCCAGUCUGAGUAGACAAUACUGA